CUAAAUCUGAAGCCGCCACAUUCCACGGGGAGAAUAGAACUGGUUUUUUCAAGGCCGUUUCGCCGUGGUUUUUGUCCUCUACUCUUGACAGCCAAUAUCGACUGAAAGCUGUCUGUAGUAAUUUUCCUACGUUCGGCAUCAGACAUGCUAAAUCCAAAGAUUACGUUUAACAAUAGUGGGUUCGCUUUCCAUACAAUCCAAGAGAGGUGGCCGAAAAUCUUAACCCAGUUGAUUGACUCUAUCUACAGAAACCGUGAGAAAUACUGCAAAAAUGCUGAUGAUGACACAUCAAAUAAGUUAAAGGAACUGACACGACAUGUUGGCCAGUUGAGAUAUGAAAUAAUGACAAAUAAACCUCUAACUCUUCUGUUAUCAGCUCCUUUUAGUCCUUCAGAACUGCAAGUGUGGAACCAAGUGCUAUCGAGUUAUGGGAUGGGGACUGAGCCGUGUGAAAACGCACAGUGUCAGACGUUGCUUGUGUGCUGGUACGAUCUACCAUUCCUUUUCGCUGAAUGCUACUUAUACCGACGUAUCGUGGAUGCUGUAUUUCAAAGUGGUCUCAAUGAUUUUGACCCAUUUUUCUUGAAAAAGCAGUGCGGUCUCAAGAACUCUGGACCUUUCAUAAGCUCUCUUCUUUUGAGUUUAUCAAGACUUCAUGAUUUACCUUCCAAACAGGCGUUCGAUUUCUUUUUGCACUCAUCUUUAUGGGCGAACGAAUAUGAUUUAUCUCUCCGUCCUGAUGGCGAAUUUCAGCAAACUGGAUUCGAUCAAAUUUCAGAUUACAUCAAGCAUACUGAAGAGAAGACAAUCGUAAAUGAUAAAGAUGCAAUUCAUAAAUUCUCUAUGAACUUAAUGAAUCAUAAUCGUAAACUUCGUGUAGCUAUCAUACUUGAUAAUGCAGGUCCCGAGUUGAUAGCGGAUUUGUGUCUGGCUGAGUAUUUUGUAGCAAGCAACUCUGCUGACAGUGUUUCAUUUUAUGGAAAAUGUAUGCCAUGGUUUGUUUCAGACGUCACUCGUAGAGAUUUUGAUUGGUUAUUGAAUGUUAACCCCUUGGAAUUAGAAGAAAUUUGUAAUGAUCAACAAAUUCAUUCGAUUAUAAAAUGGUCUGAAGUUUGGAGAAAGCGGGUUGAGGAGAGAACUUUUCAGUUUAAGACUUCUUCCUUCUGGACUAUGCCUUAUGCUUAUGAUGAGAUGCAAACAGCUGAUGCUACACUAUAUGAAGACCUAUCAAAAAAUUAUGAUUUAAUUAUAUUCAAGGGCGACCUAAAUUACCGUAAAAUUGUUGGUGAUCGUCAGUGGAAACCUGAUAGCCCAGAGGAUAAAGUUAAUGCCUUCGGUCGAGUACAAAUUGGUAGGCCAUCAAGUUGUAAAUGUUCAGAAAGGUUGGCAAAUCUGAAACCUGGGAGCCCCAUUGUCGAUUGUUCAUGUGGUCCAAUGGUAGUAUCUCUUCGAAUAGCGAAAUCAGAUGUGGCUGUCGGUGUUAAUCAUGAUUGUUUGGUUGAGUUACAAAAUAAAAACAAAGACUGGUGGACUGUUGGACAAUAUGGUUUUAUUCAAGUUGUUUCUCCGAUUGCACACUGCACCUUAUAAAGUAACUUGUGAUAGGAUCUCAACUGCCUUACCUUAACUUACCUUAUGUUUUUAACCACAAUAUGAAUCCUUUUAUUUUUUCUUAUAAUUAUAACAGAAAACUGAUUAUCCUGUUAUCUUUAUUCCUUUUGCGUUAAUAUUCAUUAAUAUGCAAAACAUGUUUUUUUAACGAAAAAUGGUCUUCCUUUAUAUAUCUAUUGUCCAAUAUGUAUAGGCAUUAAGUCCCUAUCCACUUAACAACACAUUUUAAAUUGGUGCUCAAAAGCUCUCAUCCUCUCUUCACACGAUCUUCUCCAUGUCACCCUCGGACGCCUAACUCGUUGUCAUCUUGGAAUGUGUAAAUUUAAAAGCAGCAACUGGACUUCUUAAAAUCUGACAUUCAACUCAAAAUUGGACAAAUCCAUUUCGAUAGUGUGUUCGUCGGUGGAACAGCGGUAGAUUGCUUGCCAACCACUCAUGUGGAUCAGGGUUCGAUCUCCGACCGAUGUAUUCCUUCACGUCGUUAAGCCAGUAAAAAGACUGAUAAAGAGGGAAGGUUAGGCAUAAGGCCAGCAACCCCAUCCCGUAGAAGUAAACACAACUGCUAUCGAAACUUCAAAGCUCUAGCUCGAAGCCAAUGGGAACAAAAAGGAGUAAAAUAAAAUCAAUAAUUAAUCAACUAAAUAGAUCGAACAACACAGUAAUUAUACCGUACAUUAACACGAUAAAAUUCAAAGUUAAACAGAUUGUUGUGGGAAAAUCUCUACCCUUUGUUAUGAUCGGAUGAAAUGCAAAAGAUAAGGAAAAUGCGUACCAAAUAUUUGAGCAAUUUUCAUAUCAGCCUCACUUCAUAAAUAUAUGUGACAAAGUCUGGUGCUGAUGCAUCCACGAUCAGAUAUCGACCGUUGUAGAACCUUAAACAUACAAGAGAUAUGAUUCACAGUAGGAAGGGAUUCUCAAAAAUGUUCAAGAUGUUUCACCCGUAGAAAUUUGAGAAUAUAUCCAUUCUAUUAUAGACACAACAUAAGUAAAAGAUAUAAUGAUGACGAAAGUUAUGUUUAUGCUUCGAAAAAGUAAUCUGGUUUUUAAUUAAGGUUGAUUUUACCAGUUCAUGGUGAGAUGUGUGUGUGUGUGUGCUGUAUCUAAGUCAAACUCUGUCUUAAUCCGUCAUUCCUAUUCAGACAAUUUGAAUUCUAUUUAAUAUGAAGUGUUUCUGAUAUGAGGCUUUCUUUGUAAUUCUUGAAAUCUUUCUCAAUGAUUUCAAUAUUACUAAGAUCAAAAAGAAUAGUAACAUGGAAGAAUAAUAGAGCUUUAUGGGAUAUUUUAAAUCACAAAGAGUGAAUGCAUCUGCGCCAGACAUUGAGAACGACGAUUUCGAGCCAUAUCACAAAUUUUCUCCAUCCUUCAUUGGUUUUUACCAUCCCGAGGACCCUAACCAGUCAGGAAGUCUACACCUCGUGACUUCGCUGGCUGACUGGCUUAAACUAACUGUUGUGGAUUUCAUUGACUGACGAAGCCAUGUUUUGGUUUGACCACUACUAACUAACACUUUUCCAACCUGAUCCAUUCCAUGUCAGCAGCUAACAUUGCGGGUCGAGGAAGG